GGUCCUGGCCAAUCCUGAGCUAACCUUGCUGAGAAAGGUGGCAGCUGAUUCGUCAGUUUCUGCCGGCUUUAUCCGUGGGUGUUAUUUGUCGAAUAUCGAAUAGGAUACCAAAGGGGCAUAUAGGGGCCGUGGCUUGGGGCUUUAGUUUUAGCACGUGUGCAAGGCCCUGUCUGUUGAAGCCCGUAUCAGUAUCAUAUUUUCGCAAUUCUCGUUUUUUUUGCUAUAUUCCACUUCUUGUUUGUAUUCAUUGCAGGCAUCUGUCUGGACCUAAUUCAAGGUUCCGUAGCCCGAGAUGUGGUGUCGCCAUCUGUCCCGACUGUCGGGCCGCGUCCCUCGGGUGGUCUGCGCGCGGUGGCUGCGCCGGUCGGCAGCACUGCCCGCUGACGAGGACGGCGAUCGGCGCCGAAUGCCGCGCUCCGUCGCCAGUCGGUACCGCGACCUGCGCCAGCGGCCGCGCGUCAUCCUGGACGUGCACGAGGAGGAGCAGCUGGCGGAGCGGGGCGCGGCGCCGGCCGAGGAGCAGGCGCUCUGGGACCCGCUGGACGCGUGGAGCGCCGAGCGCGGCCGCUCCGGCGUGUUCGAUGUGGAGGAGCUGGUGGAGGUGCUGCGCGAGGAGGGCAUGGAGGACCUCUGCGUGCUGCGGUUGCCCGAGGACCACGCCUACGUGGGCCACAUGGUGCUGGCCACGGCCCGUUCGCACCAACACAUGCUGGCCACAGCGCAGUUCGUCAAAAAGCUCUACAAGCGGAAGCGGCUGUCGUCGGAUCCUGUGCCUCGCAUAGAGGGCCGGACGUCAAAAGAAUGGAUUGCGAUGGACAUGGUGAACAUUGCGCUGCAUCUGUUCGACCGGCGGGCGCGGGAACACUAUGAUGUAGACGGCCUCUGGGCGGUCGGUCCGCGAUACGACGAGAAAAGUCAGCAGGAAGAAGAAGACAACCUGCUGGAUCUGAAUCCUCUAGCGGAGUUCACACCGAAUACUCCACUGUUGGAAAGGGACUUGAACGGAAAAUAAUGGAGCCUGUUCUGUUCAUUAUUGACAUUGGUUGUUGUUCUUGUACUACGUUGCUGCGCAGUGUGCACUAUUACGUGCAAUUAUGUAUAUAUAGGUACGUUUUCCCGUCAUGGCGGAGAUACUGUAUCAGAUAUCUGUGAAUAAGCAAUAAAUGUUAUACUGUGA